AAAAUGGCGUAUCUCCAAUGACAAUAUGUUGGCUUUUUAAUGAUUUGAUAUAAACUUAGGUUGUGUAAAGUUUCAAUGAAAAGCUCAUUUAUGUUCUUAAGGUUAUAGUGUUUAUCUAUGAUAAUGUGUAUAGACAUUAAAAAUAAACCAAGAAGCUAGCUCUAAGUGAUAGCAAACAUGGAAUACAAUUUUACUUUUGAACUAAAAAAUGUAAUUAAAAAAGAAAUGGAGGAAGACAUUUUGUCAGCCCCAACAUCUGAAGAAGAAUCUCCUAAGUUGUCUUGGAUGUCACACUGCGAGCCAAACCUUUCUCUUGAUCAGAGAAAUGGGAUGAAAGAAGAAAGGAAUGACACAAUGUUUACACCAGAAGUUCCAGGAGAAGAAACAGACAAGUUGAAUUCAUUGUCAGACUUGAAACAGGACAUCAGUUAUGAAAUGAGAGAAACACCAAAUCUUAAACAUUUCCAGAUGCAGUUUGAAAAACUUGAGCAAGAAAAAACUUUUUUCAAAGAAGAUCAAAAACAACAUAAAGACAAUAAAUGUCCAACAUGCCUGAAAGUAUUUCCAACAUCUUCAAAAUUAAAGAGACAUCAGCGAGUCCAUACAGGUGAAAAACCAUUUCAAUGUCAAAUAUGUUUGAAAGCUUUUUCUGAUUUAUCAAAUGCAAGAAAACAUCAAAAGGUCCAUACAGAUGAAAAGCCAUUUGAAUGUCAAGUAUGUCUGGAAUUAUUUUCAACAUCUUCAAAAUUAAAGACACAUAGUCGAGUUCAUACAGGUGAAAAACCAUUUCAAUGUCAAAUAUGUCUGAAAUUAUUUACAACAUCUUCACAAUUAAAGAGACAUCGUCGAGUUCAUACAGGUGAAAAACCAUUUCAAUGUCAAAUAUGUUUGAAAGCUUUUUCUGAGUCAUCAAGUUUAAGAAAACAUCAAAAGGUCCAUACAGGUGAAAAACCAUUUCAAUGUCAAAUAUGUCUGAAAUUAUUUUCAACAUCUCCAGAAUUAAAGACACAUCGUCAAGUUCAUACAGGUGAAAAACCAUUUCAAUGUCCAACAUGCCUGAAAGUAUUUCCAACAUCUUCAAAAUUAAAGAGACAUCGGCGAGUCCAUACAGGUGAAAAACCAUUUCAAUGUCAAAUAUGUUUGAAAGCUUUUUCUGAGUCAUCAAGUUUAAGAAAACAUCAAAAGGUCCAUACAGGUGAAAAACCAUUUCAAUGUCAAAUAUGUCUGAAAUUAUUUACAACAUCUCCAGAAUUAAAGACACAUCAUCGAGUUCAUACAGGUGAAAAACCAUUUCAAUGUCAAAUAUGUCUGAAAUUAUUGACAACAUCUUCACAAUUAAAGAGACAUCGUCGAGUUCAUACAGGUGAAAAACCAUUUCAAUGUCAAAUAUGUCUGAAAUUAUUGACAACAUCUCCAGAAUUAAAGACACAUCAUCGAGUUCAUACAGGUGAAAAACCAUUUCAAUGUCAAAUAUGUCUGAAAUUAUUUUCAACAUCUUCAAAAUUAAAGAUACAUGGUCGAGUUCAUACAGGUGAAAAACCAUUUCAAUGUCAAAUAUGUCUGAAAUUAUUUACAACAUCUCCAGAAUUAAAGACACAUCAUCGAGUUCAUACAGGUGAAAAACCAUUUCAAUGUCAAAUAUGUCUGAAAUUAUUGACAACAUCUUCACAAUUAAAGAGACAUCGUCGAGUUCAUACAGGUGAAAAACCAUUUCAAUGUCAAAUAUGUCUGAAAUUAUUUUCAACAUCUUCAAAAUUAAAGAUACAUCAUCGAGUUCAUACUGGUGAAAAACCAUUUCAAUGUCAAAUAUGUUUUAAAGCUUUUUCUGUGUAUUCAAAUUUAAAACAACAUCAAAUGGUCCAUACAAGCAAAAAGCCAUUUCAAUGUCAAAUAUGUUUGAAAGGUUUUUCUGUGUAUUCAAAUUUAAAAAGACAUCAAAUGGUCCAUACAAGCAAAAAGCCAUUUCAAUGUCAAAUAUGUUUUAAAGCUUUUUCUCAGUAUUCAAAUUUAAAACAACAUCAAAUGGUCCAUACAAACAAAAAACCAUUUCAAUGUCAAAUAUGUUUGAAAGCUUUUUCUUUGUAUUCAAAUUUAAAAAGACAUCAGGUGCUCCAUUCAGGUAAAGAACAAUAUAAAUGUCAAAUAUGUCAGGAAUUAUUUUCUCAGUCUUCAAGUUUUAAACAACACCUUCAGAUUCAUAACGGUGAAAAACUAUUUCAAUGUCGAAUAUGUCAGAGACCAUUUUCUCACGGAUCAGAUGUAAAACGACAUCAGUGUGCUCAUAGCCAAAACUCAAAAGAGAAACUUAAAUGUCUGACGUGCAAUGCUAUUUUGUCCAGCAAGUUAACAUUAGCAAUACACUUAGAGUCUCACGUUAAUGGAAAACAAUUCAAAUGUAUUCUUUGCAAUAAUAAGUUCUUAUCCCUGCGAGAUAUAAAAAAUCAUUUAAUGAUACACAUUAACUGUUUCGGAAAACAAUUCAAAUGUAUUCUUUGCAAUAACAAGUUCUUAUCCCUGCGAGAUAUAAAAAAUCAUUUAAUGAUACACAUUAACUGUUUCAGUGCGGUGUUACUCUCAGUGAGUAACUUUGCUUGCGCUAGUCAGUGUGGCCUUACUCUCAGCUAGUGACUUGGUUUAAAAUAUUUAUUUCACCAUCUUUUUUAUGUUAAACUUUUUUAUUUCUCUUUUUUUUUUCAAUUUCCGGAUGUGGGAGUGAUUGUUUUUAGUUUUGGUAGUAAAUACGAUGCAGUGCCAAGUAUUUUUUUUAAAAAGACAACAUUAUGUCAAUGGUUUCUCUUUUUUAGUUUAUUCCCGAGGUCUGAAAAAUGUAAAUAAUACAAUUUCAAAGUGUUUUUUUUUUCAUCUUUUAUGAAAUCUGAAGCAAUUAAAUGGGUUUAGUAUUGUGAUUUUUCAAUACUUAUGGAUUAAAUGUUUAAUUAAAAGGUUAAAUCUUUCAGUAAACCGAUUUUUUAAUGAAUUUUAAAAAUAUUUUAAUUUUCCCUGCUCAGUUUAAAAUAAAUGGAAAAAAAUAACUUUUGUUGAAUAAUUAAUUUUAUUUAUUUUAAAUUUGUAGCCCAUUCAAUUUCCUUUAAAAUAAAAUCAAAUAUGUUUAAAGAUUAUUUAAUAAAAUAAAAAAGUUAUAUAGUUUUAGCAAGUCUACCCCAGUUUCACAAAACGAAAUUCUUUUCGAUCAAAACAAUUCGCACUGAAAGAGUUAACAGAAUGCCUUUGAAAUGUGUACUUUGUAAUAGAAGUUUUUGUAAUGCACAGCUAGUAGAAAAACAUAUUUGUAGGCUGAAUUGUGAAUGUUUUGUCUAGCUUUAGUUUUGAAAAUCUAAUAUUUAAAAUAACUGUUAACGAUCAUACGGUUCAUUGAGCUACUAUCGAAGUAAGGUUUUGCUUUCUAUAAUAAUGCUAAUUAUUACAUGUGUAAAUGUUAGCGUUUUAAUGUGAUGACUUCAUGUUGAUUUUAAUAAUUGGUGCUUAAAAAAAAGAUUUCAUAUUUCCAAUGUUAACGCCAUGUCAAGAGAACAAAUAAAUGUG